ACAUAUAGUUUUUCUGAGAGAAAAAAAUUCACAAUGCCAUAAGAUUUUGAGCUGAUAUUUUGUGUAUAGCUGUAUUAUGUACGGUUACAGAUGAGGUUUAACUUUCGUGGUAAUUUACCCAUUUUUAUACGCCCAUCUAUGAUGGGUCGUGUUAUGGCAUGGUGUUGUCCGUCCGGGCAUCUGUGUGUAAACGUUUUCUUGUCCGGACCAUAUAUUGCAUACAUAUGCAUACAGGACCUUCAAACCUCACAUGUAAGAACAACUUAGGAUGGUGGUUGGUCCAAAACAAAUUGUUCAUCCACCCCAUUACAAAAAAUUCACAUGCUUAGACUUGAAUCAUACCCAAAACCUAUUAAUUAAUAUAGAUGUGGGUUUCCAUCAAACUCGUGAUUGGCGUAUCAUGUACCUCAACGGUACUCUUUGUUGACAGAGCUAUUGCCAUUGAACUUGGGAGAUACAAAAAAAAAAAUUUCAGACUUCUUUUGCAAUACCUCAAGCUAUAUAGAGCUGGAAUUCUGUGUAUUGCUUUAUCGUGUUCUAUUACAAAUCAUGUUUGACUUACCCAUUUUGAUUUACCCAUUUUUGACGAGAGUUAUGGCAUUUGAACUUGCGAAGUAUGUAAAUUUGUUUUCUAAACUUUUUUUUUUGCAAUGCCCGCAGAUAUAGAGAGGGAAUUUUAUAUAAAUCUUUAUCAUGAAGUGUUAAGACGAACUUGUGUGGCAAUUUACCAAUUUUUAACAGAGUUAUGGCCCUUGAACUUAGGAAGUAAGGGAAUGGUAGGGGACAUAUUUUGCUCCAGGAGUACUCCGAAUGCUUUUUUUUCUUCUUUUUUUUAAUUAUGAUUAUUAUAAUUAUAAUAUCAUUAUUUUUGUUUAAAAUAAUUAUAGUAUUGAAGUCCAGUGUUUUAUCUUGUUCUUGUGUUAUAAUAAGAAAAUACAUUUACUUUAUUGGCAGUGCAAAACAGUAUUUUAAUUUUCUAUAGUAAAUCAUGGCAGUAGCUAGCCUAAAUUAGCUGAGUGUGGGUGGCGCGGCGUUAGUAACAAAACUGAGAAUGGGCGCAUAGUAAGAAGUAGGGUCACUUCCAGCUGGUUCAAAGGAGAACUUGUAAACUAAAACCAAUCCCCAAGAAACUUCACUCGCCAGUCUAGACCGAACCCCUUCACAAUUUCCCUUAAGGUGUCUGAUAAACAUAGGCCCGAAUUUACGAAGCCUGUUUUUCUCUUACACGCGUGUAAACUUAUUAAACGCGUGCGUUUAACGAAAAACGGUAUUUUGAUAACAAAAUGCUAAACGCGCGUUUUUCAUUCCUAGACGUGUGUUUAAACGACUGAUCAAAUAACAAUGGGAUUUGCUAAACACGGGUAAUGGGUUGUUUUUCGUGCGUUUAAUCGUUACUACAGAAAUGUUUGUUGCACACAGUAAUGGACAUCGUCGCUUUAUUUCAAAUUGCUCGGCAAGAGGCUGAUGAAAUGCAAGAAAGAAGACGGUUACGUAUAUUUAGGGACCGAUUUAACCCACUUGAGGAAUACUCGGAUGAGGAUUUUAUCGGUAGAUUUAGACUUGGUAAAGAUACUUUUGUGCAUCUAAUGGAAGCCAUCCGUUUGGAUAUAACCCACCUCACAAGGAGAAGCAGCGCAUUGACACCAGCAUUGCAGUUGGCCAUCACAGUUCGGUUCUAUUCAUGUGGUUCAUUCCAGAAAGCAGUCGGCGAUACACUUAGCAUUUCUCAAUCAGCUUGCUGUCAGGCAAUUCAUCGUGUAACUGACGCCAUUUGUAGUGUGAAACAUAAUUUUGUGUAUUUUCCCUACAACGUUCAAGCAAGAACAGCUGUUAUGCAGGGAUUUUUUGACGUAGCGCAAAUGCCGGGAAUUAUUGGAGCUAUCGAUGGCACUCAUGUUCCGAUUAUCAACCCUGGUGGAGAUGAUGCUGCACGAUUUAUUAACAGGAAAGGUUGGUAUAGCCUAAACUGUCAGCUUGUCUGUGAUUCCAACCUGCUUUUCACUAACGUUGUUAGUCGAUGGUACGGGUCAGCCCACGAUUCUCGGAUUUUUGAAAAUUUCAUGCUACGUCAACAAUAUAGAGAUAGGACCAUUAGGGGGAUCCUGGUGGGCGAUCCAGCAUACACAUGCACGUCAUUUCUUCUUACGCCAAUCAGGAAUGUCCAUACUGAAGCGGAAAGACGUUAUAACGUUGCCCAACGUAGGACAAGGUUGGUGAUCGAAAGGGCAUUUGGAAUAUGUAAACGACGCUUUCCGUGUGUUGCAUUUGGCAAUUGACUUCGAUGUUCGGUGAGUACAAUAAAAUUACCUUUUAAAGUAACCAUUACUUAAUCUAUGCUUUAGGGGCCGAAUCUAGCUCAGUCGGUUGAGAUUCUUCGGUCGAAGGAUCGAUCCCGCUCGGUGGACCCAAUUCUCCGAUCCUUUCCCCAUUCCAACCAGUGCCCAAGACUGGUAUACAAAAAAUCGUGGUAUGUACUGUCCUGAAUGUGGGAAAGUGCAUAUAAAAGAUCCCUUGCUACUAACAGAAAACUGUAGCGGGUUUCCUCUGACUGCGUGAGAAAAUAAACAAAUGUUUGACGACCAAUAGCCGAUGAUUAAUAAAUCAAUGUGCUCUAGUAGCGUCGUUAAACAAAACAAACUGUAACUUUAAUUUAUGCUUUGAACAGACAUAGCGUGCUUCAUUUUUAUAAAUACAAAAAAUAAAUUACACAAAUGUUUACUGAUGAUUUAAAUCAGUAUACAUGAAGGUCUUCGCCCCUUUUCUAUGCUUUAUACGAAUACUUAUAUGUCAACAUUAUUGUUAACGACCCAUAAUCAAUGGAAAGUUCAUUGUUGGUAUGGUAAGUGUUUUGGGGCGGAAGAUCCCAUUAUACCAUUAUAUUAUCUAGACCGAUAAAUGAUAUACAUAAAAAUUGGGUUUUUUUUUGUUGUUUUUAAAAAAAAAAAAAAAAAAAUUGAAAUUGAAUUGAUUGAAUUGAAUUACUAUCAAAGAUUUUUCAAACGCAUUUAAAAUACAACGAAUUAAUCAAAAUGAAAAUAAAAACACACGGUCAUGUUUUUCGAAUAAAAUAUAUACAUGUAUAAAAGUAUAUUUCUUUAAAUUGCUGUAUUCCAAAUGAGCGCUGCUUUUUUAAAAAUGGGGGUAGGGGUAUGCAAUUUAGUAUCUUAUAUGAAAAGUAAAGUGACAUAAUAUUACACAUUUUGGGUUAAUGAAGGUUACUCCCUUCAUUUUAAAAAAUCAGAACUGGAGUGUUACCAUUACAUUAAUUCCUUCGAUAUCAAAUAAGAGCAAUGUUAAAUUUGUAACUUUUCAGCUACAGCACAACAUGGCUAUUAUGGUAGCUACAGUCUGCCUCCAUAACCUUGCCAGGGAGCAUAAUGAUCCGCUGCCUGGAGACGAUGGUUCAGCUGAUGAAGAUGGACAACCUCAACAUGUAGCCAAUGAAGAGGAGAUGUAUUCAGGCAACGAUACAUAAGACAAAAUUUCAUGUCAGGUCUGUAUUUCCCAUAUGCACUGUAUAUAAAAUGACAUGCCAGCACUAGAAGGAAGGAAUAUCGUUGCUAACAUGCGACAUUCUCAAGAUGGAUUCGCGCGAGAAGGGGGAGAACAUGACUCCGUGUAAGUGUGCAGCUGGCUGUAUUGACUACAGUGGAGUAAAUCGAAGUCACUCCGACUCAUGGUCGUCUGCAGCAGGACAAUGCGACAAAAAUAUCUGUUAUUUUUCUCAGUCCGUUGGCAUUUGGAUCAUUGAAGAAAGGUGCAGACAGAUUUAUUCUUGGGAGAAUCCAGACCCGGACAAUUGCCAAAAGGUGUCCAACUUGAAUGUUGCCUUCCCAGCAUGCUGUGAGGUUCUGCAGUGCGACUCCUCCACCCCACUCACCACUCAGCCACCCAGCUACUGCUACGACAAAGGAAGUGCUGUUUCCUGCUGGUUCUGGAAUUCGGUGCCCGAUCCCUGUCUACCAGUCGGCAAGUACUACAACUUCACCAAGGAGUACUGUAAGAAGACGUGUGGAUUUUGUUGAUCAGCUAUAUGCGACAAGUGGUCAGCGUUUCAGAAUCAUGACUGUCUGCGCAUCGUCAUGGUUACAUGAGAAGUCAUUUCAACAACUUGUUAGCAUUUACAAACGAAAUGUAAUGAAAUCAAACCUGCUUUAUAUAUUUACUCUCUACCUUUCAUUACUUGUUUUUAAUGGGGUUUUUAUACACCUAAAAUGUGCCUUCCUUUCUUUGUUUUUAAUGUUCUCUUAUGCUGGGCUGACACUGGAAAAUUGUUUGGUUCAGCUCAUUUUCUGAUAUGUAGAAUUUUCUUGAAAAUGAUUAAAAUGUGAUUAAAGGUAGGGUCAACUCAAACAAGAGCCUUAUGUGUUGGAAAGAUGCAUACCCGGACCACCAACACAUACUGACACUUUAACAAAUGAAAAACAUGUAAU